AUGGCUGACGGCGGUGGGGGAUCGGGCACGGUGGGCAGUGGCGGAGCGGGCCAGGUCUCGGCUGGGGCAGCAUCGGGCGUCACAGGGCCCGGCGGGAGCGGCGGCCCUAUCAACCCGGCAUCGCUGCCCCCCGGCGACCCGCAGCUCAUCGCCCUCAUCGUUGAGCAGCUCAAGAGCCGGGGCCUGUUUGACAGCUUCCGCCGGGACUGCCUGGCCGACGUGGACACCAAGCCAGCUUACCAAAACCUGAGGCAGAAAGUGGACAAUUUUGUGUCGACACACCUGGACAAGCAGGAAUGGAACCCCACGAUGAACAAGAACCAGUUGCGAAAUGGUCUGAGGCAGAGUGUGGUUCAGUCAGGGAUGCUGGAAGCCGGAGUGGACAGAAUAAUUUCCCAGGUCGUGGAUCCAAAACUAAACCACAUCUUCAGGCCACAGAUAGAACGAGCAAUCCAUGAGUUCCUGGCAGCCAAGAAAAAAGAAGCCGCACCAGCCCCGCCUCCAGAGCCUGAGCGCCAGGAGCCUGCAGCCCCGCCCCAGGAUGCGCCCUAA